CAGCUCUGCAGCCCUGGACAGUGGCCGAGUGGUAUCAGCGGGGAGUGAUGAUGCUGUAUCUCGCCGAAAAAUCUUCUCGACAGACGCGUCCAACACGGGUUGGGGCGCGGUCUGCGAGGGCUCUCCGGUUUUUGGCCUAUGGUCAGUUCAGGAAAAGCUCCUUCACAUAAAUUGUCUGGAAAUGAUAGCGGUCGAGUACGCGCUCGUGCGCUUCCUCCCGAUCAUUCAGGGUCACCACGUCCUGGUCCGCUCGGACAACAGGUCUGUGGUAUCCUAUCUAAACCGUCAGGGCGGUGUCAGAUCCAGGAACCUCUUCCAUCUGACGAAACGCAUACUGAGUUGGUCCCAGCGCCACCUGCGCUCGCUGAGGGCGACGCACGUGCCAGGCCACCUGAACGACGGCCCAGACAGACUGUCCAGAGACAAUAUUCCCCCAGGGAAUGGUCCCUGCACGCUCAAACAGUCCAGACGUUAUGGCGCAUAUUCGGCAGAGCAGAGAUAGACCUCUUUGCGUCAGAAGAGAACUCUCACUGCCCAAUAUUUUUCUCGAAAAGCGAGGACGCGCUGGCCCAGGACUGGCCCAACCGCCCGCUUUACGCCUUCCCUCCCGUCUCGCUAUUGCCACAGGUAAUGCAGAGGAUCAGGGAAACGCGCCACUCGGUGCUCCUCAUAGCCCCGCGCUGGGAGAAUCAAACAUGGUUCCCGGAGCUUACGCAGCUGUCACUGACAGCGCCGUGGCCCAUCCCAGUGAGAGCAGAUCUCCUCACGCAAGCUCGCGGAACGAUCUGACAUCCC